AUGUCUGAGGGCUCUGGCCUCGAUGGGGCUGCUGCAUCCUUGGCGCCGGUGCCUGAGCCCCGGGGGGACGAGCGGUCACAUGCUCUUACCGAGUCGGGGCCGCGCGUGAGCCGCGCUUUCCGGCCUGAAAUCAUGGAUGCGGAGGCCAAUCCUGACCUCUACGGACUUCGGCGAUCGGUGCGUGGUGUCUACUCACACACAGGGACGUGCUCCGACGCGCAAAUCUGUACGUGUAUGAAACUUACGCAGUACGUGACGGACGAGGCGAGCGAUGACGAGCCCGUGCCAAGCGAUGACGGCGACGGCGAUGCUGCCGUCAGUGACGACGCGCCAACCAGCGACGAUGACGCCGAUGAAGACUUUGGCGGGCCGCGUCGCAAGACCGCGAAGAAGCCCGAGUCCGAAUGGGGUAUGGCCGUGCGCAUGUCGAGCCGCACCGGCGGACGCGUCGCCAACUAUGCCGACGACUACCACGACAUGGAUGAGGACGACCCCUUCGAGGACCACGUGGACGAGCAGGCCCAGGACGUCGAAGAAGUCGCGGUCGACCAGAUUGAGGGCGUGUUUGGCCAUGAGCGCGACGAGGCGCGUUCGGAUGAUCCUGAAGAUAUACCCACAGAAAAUAUGCGGUUUGUGAUCAAAUGGAAGGGCUACUCCCAUUUGCACGACACACACGAACUGUACGACUUUCUGAAGCGGUUCCCCGGCUUUAAGCGGGUCACCAACUAUAUUAAGUCGGUGUGGCAGCCAAUGCACGACAUUGCCAUGGAUCCUGAGGCGACCCGCGAGGAUCUUGAGACUCUGCAGAUCCAGCGCGAGCGGCAGCGCGAGCUGCUUGAGAAUUAUCGCACGGUGGAGCGUGUCAUUGCGCAACGCGACGAGCCGCCCACGAAGGAGGUGCCGUACACGCACGCCGCGUAUCUGUGCAAAUGGAAGGACCUGGGCUACGAUAAUGCAUCGUGGGAGUCGGAAAACGAUGUCGCGCCGAUCGGCCGCACGCAGAUCGAUGCGUUCCUGGCGCGCGCCACAUCAGCUACAGUCCCCGCACGGAGUGAGGUAUUCAGCCGCGGACGCCCACCGUAUGUGCGCAUGACCGAGCAGCCCAAGUAUAUUGGAGCGCAUGGCACGCUCAAGGACUUCCAGAUGACCGGCCUCAACUGGCUUGCGUACCUGUGGAGCCACGGCGACAACGGCAUUCUUGCCGAUGAGAUGGGUCUCGGCAAGACGGUGCAGACCGUGUCGUUCCUAUCAUACCUAUUCCACUCGUGCUACCAAUACGGCCCCUUCUUGGUCGUUGUGCCCUUGUCCACACUGCCAUCGUGGCAGCAGCAGUUCGAACAUUGGGCCCCAGACAUGAAUGUGGUGUCGUACACUGGCAACUCGCACAGCCGCGAAGUGAUCCGCGAGUACGAAUUUGGACCACCGCGCAAGACGCGCAUGAACGUGCUGCUGACGACGUACGAGUUCAUCUUGAAGGACCGCGCCGAACUGCAGCCGAUUAAGUGGCAGUUCCUCGCGGUUGACGAGGCCCACCGCCUAAAAAAUGCCGAGUCGCAGCUGUACGAGGCGCUGAGCUCGUUCCACUGUGCGGGCAAACUGCUGAUCACCGGUACACCGCUGCAGAACAAUGUGCGUGAGCUGAGUGCCCUACUGCACUUUUUGCGCCCAGACCAAUUUGACCUUGAGGCUGACUUUGACAUUGCCAACGUGGACCAGUCGAAGAUCCAGGAGCUGCACGAGCGCCUAGAGAAUGUCAUGCUUCGCCGACUCAAGCGCGAUGUGGUUAAGGAGCUGCCGACCAAGUCCGAGCAGAUUCUGCGCGUGGAAAUGAGCGCGAUGCAGCAACGCAUGUACAAAGCGAUUCUGACGCGAAACUACUCCUUGCUGAGCGGUAAUAAUACGACGCAGUUUUCCCUGCUCAACAUUGCGAUUGAGCUGAAGAAGGCGUCGAAUCACCCGUACCUCUUUGACGGGGCAGAGCCUCCUAGCCAGAACCGCGAGGAGACGCUCAAGGGUCUGAUCAUGCACAGCGGAAAAAUGGUCCUGCUGGAGAAGCUCCUUGCGCGUCUCAAGGCGGAUGGGCACCGGGUGUUGAUCUUUAGCCAAAUGGUGCGCAUGCUUGAUAUCCUGUCGGACUACUUGUCUCUUCGUGGCUAUGUGCACCAGCGCCUCGAUGGCACCGUCUCGUCCGACACGCGAAAGCGAGCGAUCGACCACUUUAAUGCGCCCAACUCCCCUGACUUUUGCUUCCUGCUCUCGACACGCGCGGGCGGUCUGGGUAUCAACCUCGAGACGGCAGACACCGUGAUCAUCUUCGACAGCGACUGGAACCCCCAGAACGAUUUGCAGGCCAUGUCGCGCGCUCAUCGCCUGAACUCGAAAUUCCACGUGAGCGUCUUCCGGUUCUUGACCAAGGGCACAGUGGAGGAGGAUGUGCUGGAGCGUGCGAAGCAAAAGAUGGUGCUGGAGUAUGCUAUCAUCCACCACAUGGAUACGUCUGGCACCAACUUUGCGCCCAAGUCGCUGAACAAAUCGAACCAGAACUUCAGCCGUGAGGAGCUUGGCGCCAUCCUAAAGUUUGGUGCACAGAGCAUGUUCAAGGGAGACGAGGAUGGGCAGCAAAAGAAACUGGAUGAAAUGGACCUGGACGAGAUCCUGCAGCAUGCCGAGGCCCGCGACACGGAGGCCGACAGUAACACGGCCUCGUCGGGUGGCCAAGCUUUCCUGCAGCAGUUUGCCCAAGUCCAGGACUUCAAGGCAGACGAUGUGAGCUGGGACGACAUUAUUCCUGCCGAGGACCGUCUCAAGGCGGAAGAGGAGGAGCGCGAGCGUGCUGUCGAAAGUGCGAUGGCCGCGAGCUCCUCACGGCGUCGCGCGGCUGUGGCGUCUAGCGAAGCGACGGCCAAUGUGGCCGCCGAAGAGGGCAUCACAGAGCCGAAGUCCAAGGGCAAGGUCGUGCGUAAAACGUCGGGUCAGCGCUCACUAGAGCUCAAGGAGCGCGAUCUACGUGUGCUGCUGCGUGGAAUCCAGCGGUGGGGCGAUCUACGCUACCGCUAUGACGUGAUAGUCAACGAAGGCAAGCUCCAGGACAAGAAUCGGGCGGUGCUGAUGCAGGCGUCGAAUGAGUUGGUCGCCCUGGCGGAGGAAAAACUCGCUGAGCACCAAGCGUUUCUCCGCGGGAAACAGGAGCGCGGCGAGGAAAUUACAUCGGCGCUGCGUCAGCGCGCGGUACUGAUCAACUACCGCGGCAUAUCCAACAUCAAUGCAGAGACGCUCCUGAUUCGGCAUCACGAGCUCCACCUGCUGGCGGAGACACUGGAGGCCUUGGACGACCCACUACAGUGGCGCUUUCCGGCGGAGAAUCUCAAGGCCACGCUCAACUGGCACUGUGAAUGGGGCCACUUGGAGGACUCACGUCUGCUCGUGGGCAUCUGGCGCUACGGCUUUGGUUCGUGGGAGCAGAUUGAGGCGGACUCGUCGCUGGGCCUGCAGGGCCGCUUUUUCCUGGAAGAGGGCAAGCGGACGAACGAAGCGAAGGACGAGGAGGGCGAUGCGUCGAAGGACGAGACCAAGCCGAAGACGGGCGCUGGCAAGUCGCGUCCGAUUCCCAACGCCAUCCAUCUCGUGCGCCGCGCUGACUACCUUCUCAAGACACUACGUGAGACGGUCACUGCAAGCAGCGACGAAAAGGACAAGCCACGGAAGAAGUCACGCUCGUCUGUGAACCGCUCUGAGAAGAGCAAGCGCAGCGCCGCGCAGUACUCGUCAGACGAAUCGGACGACGACGGGUAUGCCAGUAUGGACGAGCUCGAGUGCAAGGAGAUCAUGCGUCCCUGCAAGCGCCAGCUGAAGACGCUCAAGGACGACACAGAGCACCUAGAGCGCGACCGCAAGAUCGCCACGCUGAAGGAGUGUCUCUCGGCCAUUGGCACCCACAUCGACCACGUGAUCGCCACCAAGUUCGCGCACCUGCCCAAAGCACGGCAGGACAAGUGGUACGAGCACUUGUGGGCCUUUUCGUCGUUCUUUUGGCCGAAAAAGGUUGAACCAGAGAAGCUGCGUGGCAUCUAUGCCAAGCUGACUGGCCAGGCCACGAAGGAAGAGGCCGCAACCAAGCGGAAAGCAACGCCUACCGAUGAAACGGAUGCUGCCAAAAAGCCCCGCGCACAGUAG